AUGGACUCCCUCGAGCCGCGAUGCACGCCGCUGAAAAACUCCUACGACGCCUGCUUCAACAGAUGGUUCGAGCACUACCUCACACUCACCGCCAGCCACGACUCGCCGAGUGAUCGCAAGCGGGUCCUCGCCCGAAGCAAGGAGCAGUACGAGAAGGACUGUGGCCACAAAUGGCUGCAGUACCAUGCCUGUCUCAACGAGGCACUCGACUCGCGCCAACUCAAACCGCUCUUAGAAGCUGCCCGAAACGAAGACCCGUUGCCGGAACCAUCAAAAUUAGAAAAAUCUACUCGACCGAGCUGA